AUGAGUGCAUCUCACACCCCCACCGCCGAACCAACCGUCACCUUUGCCUCGGGCCGUGACACGGUCAACGACCCCCCCGACGUCCGCAUUCUCCACUACAACGAUGUCUACCACCUCGACUCCUCCUCGGCCGAACCCGCCGGAGGCGUCUCCCGCUUCAUGACAGUAGUAAAAGAAUACCGCUCCCCGCCCCAGCCCAACAGCAACCUCCCCGACCUCGUCCCCCUGUUCUCGGGGGACGUCUUCAACCCCUCCCUUGAAUCUUCCAUCACCAAAGGCUCCCACAUGGUCCCCAUCCUGAACAACAUCGGCACCCUAGCCACCUGCGUGGGGAACCACGACCUGGAUUUUGGGGUCAGGCAGUUUCGCCAUCUAUCUUCCAAGUGCCGCUUCCCCUGGCUCCUCGCCAACGUCCUUGAUCCUGCUUUGGGCGAAGGGGUCCCACUGGGUAACGCGAAGAAGACCCACAUGAUCACCACGUCAAACGGGAUCAAGAUUGGGCUGAUCGGUCUCGGGGAAAGGGAGUGGUUGGACACGAUCAACUCCCUUCCGCCUGAUAUCGUUUACCGGUCGGCCAGUGAGGUGGCGCAGGAGCUGGUGCCGGAGCUGAAGGAGCAAGGCGCUGACGUGAUUAUCGCGCUCACUCAUCAAAGAGAGCCAAACGACAACAAGCUUGCGAGGAAUCUGGGAGGGGGCAUGAUUGACCUUAUUCUGGGCGGGCACGACCACUUUUAUGCGCAUAGUUACAUCAACGGGACCCAUGUGCUGAGAUCAGGGGCGGAUUUUAAACAGCUGAGUUAUAUCGAGCUGAGGCGGAAUCAGGACUUGGAAGGGACGGCCAAGAAGUGGGACGUGGACAUUGUUCGGAGGGACAUUGUACGAGCGAUCAAGAAGGACCAGGAGACGGAGAAGCUGGUCGAGGGCUUGACGGCGAAGCUUAAGAAGAGUCUGGAGAAGCCGAUUGGGUGGACGGCGGAGCCGUUGGAUGCGCGGUUUACGACUGUGAGGACGAGAGAGUCGAACAUUGGGAAUUGGGUUUGUGAUAUCAUGAGGGGGCAUUACGGGGCGGACUGUGCGCUGAUGGCGGCGGGGACGAUAAGGGGGGAUCAAAUCUACUCGCCGGGUCCGGUUAGGGUGAAGGAUGUGACGGACUGUUUCCCGUUUGAGGAUCCGGUGGUGGUGAUCAAGGCGGCGGGGAGGAAUAUCUGGGACGCGCUGGAGAACGGGGUGAGUUUGUACCCGGCGCUGGAGGGGAGGUUUCCGCAGGUGUCGAAUAUCAAGUUUAGGUUUGACCCUUCGCUGCCGGUGGGGGAGAGGGUGUUGUGGGUGGAGAUUGGCGGUCAGCCGCUGGAUAAGGAGAAGGUCUAUGUCAUGGCUACUAGAGGGUAUAUGGCCAGAGGAAAGGAUGGCUACAAAGCCUUGCUGAUCCAAUCCGAGGGUGGUGAUUGCGAGGAGGUUGUUUCGGAAGAGAACGGCAUCCUGAUCUCAGCGAUGCUGAGGCAGUAUUUUAUGGCGCUGACUGUCAUGAACAAGUGGGCCAGAUGGGGUCCAUCAUUGGCAAGACAUUGGGACAAGGUGGUACAAGAGACUUCCUCCAGCUGUCCCACUUUGCCAGCGUCACCAACCGAGACCCGCCAGCCAGGAGACAGGAGAAAACACGGCAACACCACCACCAACUCGCACAAGGGAUGGGACUAUUUCACACCUGCCAAACUCCGAGAAAGGAGAUCAAGCGUCAGCCCCUUAGUUGGUCACGCAGAAGACGACUCGUCCGACGAAGAGUCACCGGAUGAGGACGUACACCGGACCGAAGUCAGAGACACUGACAGGGAGCUGAGGGUGAUGCGCAAGUUCUUUAGGAAGUGGUGUCGUAUUGCGGGUGUUGAUGAUGGCAAGGACUGCGUGGAGGGGCUCAAGGACAGCGAGGGUGAGGUUAGCUGGACACGGGCGAUUAGACCCAAGCUCGAGGGGAGGAUUGUGAUGGUCGCUUCUUAAGCUUAGAGUUGCACAUCAAGAUUCGCUCAAACAUUGGGCUUUUGGAUACCUUGUCGGAGAGACCAUAGAAAAAACGGCGAGGAUCUGCGAAACAAUGGGCAUGUUGCUUUUCUCUUGUUUGGUACGUAUGCACGUAGGUGGAUGCGUAUCAUGAGCUGCAUGUGCUUUGACAUUCCGUGCUCCACGUAUCAAAAUAGCCUUGUCAGGGACACUGACUGAGGGGGAAGUUAUCGAGGGUCUGCUAGUAUCUUUGCACAUGACAGCUUGGCAGUUGAUGCAGACGUUUUGGGGGUAGACGAUCCAGCUCAGUUGAUGAUAAAAUUCUUCCUCACAAUUGAAGUGUCAGUGACUUGAUAAUACAAUAUGGGCCAGUCUUGCACCUUGCCCGGCCCAAACCGAUGAACAGACGGGAUCUCGGCCUGGCUUCACCCCGCGUUUUCCUUUCCAAGUUGCAGGUGGAUCACCUCACUGACCCGGCCGGGCCCCCCCUGAAUUCCACGUGCAUUUUGACGCCCAGACACCGAGCUGAACCAGCCCCCGGCGGCGUUCGAGAGUUGAUCCUUUGGGCAGCAUGGCCCAGAUACUCCGAUCUACUAAUGGAAGAAAA